CUGGCAUUUAUUGUUAGCAGGUAGUUGCUGUAACGCAAUGUUAUGUUGUUAAUGGCAGAACACACGACGUCUGCAGCGACAGCGAUGGCGACGGCGGCAGCAUUGGCCCCAACGACGCGAUUUUAAUGCUGUGUUAGAAUUACAAAAUUUAGUCCGAGACCGAAUUCCCUGACGAGCGUACUGGAUAUCGCGGCGUAUACGUAGCGGCGCAACAGACGUUUUGCCAAUUGAAGAAUUUUGUGUUGCUUUUUUCAUUUGUGUGUGCAGAGAGUGAGCGAAAUUGAAGUAAAAAAUAUACUUAGUAUAUUUGAAAAAAAAGAAAAGAAAACAGUGGCAAAUUGAGAAAAGGCGGUGAAGGAUAAUAUUUUCUUUCUUUUUUGCUUCUGAUAAGUGCAUUGGAAUGUGCAGCAGUUUUUGGUGUGCAAUUAAAUUGGAAAAAAAUUAACGCUGCCAAAAGCGUUAAGGAAAAUAUUUUGUGGAAAAAAUCAAUUGAAAGCAACAACAAUGGAGUGAGUAGCUGCGCGCAGUCAACGCAUUUUUUUAUGUUUUAGUUGAAAAUUUUGAUUUAACCAGCUGCGAGCAACAAAAUUCAACAACUUAAGGAGAAUAACUGUUUUUAAAAUAAAAAUAAAACAGUGAAAAUAAAUUAAAAAAUAAAAAAAUUCAUUACAUUUAAUAUUAAAAAAUGGAAUAUUAAAUAAAAAAAUUUAAUUGAAAAAACAAAAAAAAGUUAAAAAAUUUAUGCAACUCGACGACGACAAUAAACUGGUGUAUGUAAACCUAAUUUUAAGGAAAAAAAUACAAAACGACGACAAUAAAUUCGUGAAAGCCUACAUUUUAAGAAAAAUAAAUUAAAAAACUUUCAAGCAACGGCGACAAUAAUUUUGCAAUUGCGCAUAACUGUAAGAAAUUUAGUAAGCAAAUAUUUGUGCAUUGCAAGAAAUAAAUUAUAUUUAAGCAUUCUAAAAACUACAAAACUUAGCAAGUAAUUAAAAACAAAAAAAAAAAAAUUAUACACAAAUACCGACAAUAACCAGCAGCUUCCUUCAAGGAUUAUACAAUUUCUGCAUGCAUAUACGCCAUUUUGAAAAGUUGAACGGGCCGAACUGCGCUCUAUGAUAGCUGCAGUGGCAAAAGCAGCAACAACAACACCAGCUACUAAAACACCCCAAAAAAGGAACGAAAGUAAAGCAAAAAUAUGAAAUAUGAAAAGCUGCCGCUUCAAGUAAAAUUCAACAGUGACUAAAGAACUGUGCCGAAAAAAUAUAUAUACAACAACAAUAAUAAUAAUAACAACAACCAGCAAAAAAUCAUACUAAACAAAAAAAUAAAAUUACGCGCACCAUUCGUUAUUUACAAAUACAUUUACACCAGCAAAGUUGUGUAUACACACACACACACAGAGUCGCCAUUGAGCUUCAGCUUAGUUGUAGGCGCGUUUAAGAAAAAGGACGUUAGGCGCGCACACCAAUACACACAAACCUCGAAAAGUACAAAAGAAAGAAACGGGCAAAAACAAAAAAAACAAAAAACGAUUUCUCGCCUGUUUUCGUUUGCUGUUUGUAUUAGUGAGCACUCUUUUGUGAGUGUAUGUGUGUGAGUGCGAAAGUUUUCUCACGUUUAUGUGUGCGUGUGAAGGCAAACAAACAUUUACUAUUACUAUAAUACAACAACAACAACAGCAAUACCAGUAACAACGACUAGUGGCAACAAAUCAAUGAAUACAAAGUUGCCAUCGCAGUCGCCGUUAUCGCCACCGUUACCGUUACUAUCGCUGACGCCGCCAUCAUUAUCAUUAACUCCAUUGCGAGUAUGCAAAGAAGGGCGAGAAGAGAAAGCAAGAGCAGCAAUAUAUAAUAGUUAAAAAAAAAGCAAGGAAAAAAGUCAGCAACAGAGGCACAAACAUAUGGGAAUUGUAGUGCAACAGAAGCAGCAGAAGCAGAAAUUCAUAGUCAACUUUUUUAGCUGCUAACCGCUAGACCAACAACUAGUCACGCUGCAACUAGCCACCCUACAAUUAACUCCCCUAACUCUAACUCCUUCUCCUCCUCCUCACUCUCCAACGUCUACGCUUGUAAACCGCCACGUUAAUAGACUCGGUGAUUUCUGUUCGGUUCGCGAAAGUCCAACAUUUUAUACGCAUCUUUUCGCUUUUGCCGUCGAAUCGUCCAAUUUUUAACGCGAUUCGCCGCGCCUAUCAAAAUGUCACCUGAGCAUGAAGCGCGCGUAUACGCGUUGAAAUCGCUGCGUCAGGGAAUGUGCAAACAAGCAGCAGCAGCAACAGCCGGAUCUAAUGCACACGCAACGAGCACUUCAUCUGCACUGCAUAAGGAUCACAGCAGAUCUGCAGACCCCGCAAUCUCCACAUUCAGGGUGUUGCAUAGGCCGAUUGCCUGCACCCUCGUCGGCAUCGUCGUUCUACUUAGCUGCCUCGUACAAAAUGCUUCAGGGCGUGCACCACCAGAACCCUACUACGGUCGCUACAUUGGACAAUUCACCAACUUCGCACACGGGAUAAGGGGUACCAUUUAUGCAGUUGACGAAUCUACGCUCUUCAUAAAAUCCUUUGCGUAUGACGGCACGGGACCGGAUGCUUUCUUCUGGGUUGGUAAAACUCCACGCCCCAGUCCCGAAGGAUACAUCAUACCAUAUCCAGAAGAGUACGCUGGCAUCGACCCGCCAAUAUUGCAAGCCCACAACAAUACCGACAUCAUACUGCGUCUCCCCAUGGGCAAAAGGAUUAAGGAUAUACGAUGGCUAUCUGUGUGGUGCAGACGAUUUACGGUUGAUUUUGGUGAAGUCUUCAUCCCACCUAAUCUCGAUGUUCCGAAGCCCCGCGUGCUACCGGAGUUCAAGCGUUUAGCGCACGGCCUACGUUCAAGCAACAUAAGCGUUCUGGAUGCCAAAACUUUCUAUAUACCAAAUCUGCACUACGAUGGCGCCGGUCCAGAUGCCUAUUUCUGGGUGGGCAAUGGCAGCGAGCCCAACAUUAUGGGCGUAAAGGUACCCAAUGAAGUCGGCUCACUUGAGCCCCUGCGUGGCUAUCAAGGCGAAGAUAUCGAAAUCCAGCUACCCGGCUCGUUGACCGUAUACGACAUCGAUUGGCUGUCGGUUUGGUGUGUGGAAUAUAGACAUAAUUUUGGACACGUUUUCAUACCCAAAGAUUUGGAUGUGCCACCAGCGUUGGGUCAAACUAAAAUAACGACUACCACAACGCCACGCCCCGUUUACGCCAAUUGCCGUGAAAUCAUACCCAACAAGUUGCAAGUCAAAUGGGAGUUGCAAGGUGAAUACAUACAAAUCGAGCUGUUCGGACGUAUUGGCGAGGAUCAGUACAUGGCUUUUGGUCUAUCCGGCGCAAAUGGACGCGCUCAAAUGUCGCAAUCCGAUGUGGUUGUGGCUUUCUACGAUACCACCGCACGCGUUUUCCGCGCCGAAGACUACUUCAUUUCCGAUUUGUCGCAAUGCGAUGGUCAACAUGGCGCCUGUCCCGACGAACGCAUCGGUGGACGCAAUGAUGUUGUCGUUUUGAGCGGCGAUCGUAAGAAUGGCGUGACCAGCAUUCGCUAUAAGCGUCUGAUACAAACCAAUGAACCAGUUUAUGAUUUUGCUAUACCGAUCGAGCGUGAGGUUUCUGUGAUCGCUGCGAUCGGUCCGUUGAACAGUCGCAAGGAGGCGAACGCGCAUUCACACACUGGUACAGAUCACACCGUCGACGAUGUGCGCAUUAAUUUCUCAUCGCGGAACGAUCACUCCUGUAAGAAUUCACUGUACAGUCUUAAAGACGAGAGCGGUCCAACCCCUUGGCCUACACGCAAAAUCGAUAACGCGACUGUGUUUACGGCACGUAUUGGUCCCACGGGCGGCAAGCGUGGUUAUACACCAAUUACUGGCAUCCCGUCCUGGGGUAUUGCUUGGUACUUGAACGAUCAACUGAUACCAGAGAUAACGGUACAGCGUGGAAAAACUUAUGAGUUCCAUAUCGAGGGCGGUGAUAACCCCGCACAACCAGCCAGAUACCAUCCAUUCUACAUUACCGACUCACCGGAAGGUGGUCUAGGACAAAAGACUGGUCUUGAAUUAAGCAAACAAAAGACUUAUGCUGGUGUGGAAUUCGAUGAGGAUGGUAAUCCAAUGCCGACAGCGGUUGGUCGCUACUGUGAAUGGGUGCAUCGUACAGUUGAUCGUUCAGCCGAGAUCGAAACCUUUGAAGAGUAUAUGAAGACCGUAAUGCUGGAGUGUGAAGAGGGAGAGCCGGGCUAUAUGAAUUGGACAGUACCAUUGGAUGCGCCGGAUCUGUUGUAUUAUCAGUGUUUCACGCAUCAAAAUCUUGGCUGGAAGAUAAACGUAAUCGACGCCAAGGACUCAUCAGCUGCGCUACAAUUCACCAUCACAAACGCGUUUGUGUACACAAUUACCGCACUUUUUGGCCUGGUUGUGACGCAAAAUAUUUUCAGUUUGUCCAUAAAUGCCUGAUAGUGGACGAUUUAAAACAGAAAUUUGUAAAUUUUUUAAACGCCAAGCGAAAAAUGUUAAUGUUGCAUGGGCCAAGCGAAAUGCGCAAAAUGAGGAGAAAAAAAAUGAAUAGUAAUUCAAUUUUAAAUUCGAUUAAACUAUGCAAUUUGAAUUCCAUUUACGUGUACGAAAACAUAUCUCUCAAAGUAGAAGCAUAUCCAAGAAGAGCGCAUAUCGGGACUUUUGAAAAUCCACAUUGUCAUAAAUAAAUAAAGCAUAUCCUUACAAAACCAACGCCAAGGCAACAAAAGUGAUUUAAAUUGGAAAAAAUAUUGUAAAUAGAAAAAUAUAAAAAUAGAAAAAUAAUUAAAGAAAUGCUUUUGAAUUGUUAAUCCAACAUUUUUGGUGUUUAGAAAUUGAUUUAAUAGGAAAAAAAUACAAAAUCCAAAAAUAAAAAAAAAUUAAAAAUAAUAGACUAACAGCAUCUUAAGAAGAAAAAAAACCUCACCUGAUAACAAAUUGAAACCAUUUUGCGUGCUUUGUUUUGCCCAUUCGCAUUCUCGCUUCAAAAGUUUCAACAAACUGAAAGUUUUGCAAACCAAACAACCAGGCUAAUAUCAUCUAAAAACAUAUCUUGACAAUAAUUUUAAGACAACAAAUAUAGGAAACAAGAAAAAUAGGUAAAACAAAAAUAAAAACAAAAACAAAAACAGAAACGAUUGAAUUUUCGUGUGCAUGGAUGCAUUGGAUGGAUGUUCAGCGAAUGCGUGCGUUGUAGUGAGUGUACCGACAUACUUACACACAAGUAUUGUACUUACAGGCAAAGAAGAAGGAGAAGAUAACAAAAUCAAAAAGAAAAAUCAAAUAGGCGUAUAUAGAAUUUGGUACUGGUGGUGAGCGGCACAAAGCAGCAAAAGUGUGCAGCUGCAAGGUUUUUUUGUAUUUUGUAAAACAUCAAAACAAAAAAAAAAAAAGAAAACUCAAACUUAACAACUUAAAUACUAAAAAAAUUUAAUAUAAAGUGUAUUUACUUUAUAAUUUCUUUUCUUAAAAUUUUUUGGGUAUUUUUGGUCUACUGGUUUUUCGCAUUAUUGUACGUCGUAGCCCUAUUUGUGUAAGAAAAAAGGAAAACAAGCAAACCAAAAUGUUAUAUGUAUAUGCGGAUGUGCGUUCGGUAGAAGAAUGAGCACUUUUUUAUAUAAAUAUUAUGUAUUGUACAAUGAAUUAUUACAAAACAAAAAAAAAAUACAAUUUUUUAGCACUUAAGCAGACAAUAAAGUUGACGCAAGACAAUAAUGAAGGAGUCUAGUUGCAAAAUUAUGAAAUAAAUGCAAGUACCAUUGCGAGAAUGUAAAGAAAAAUUGUUCAAUUAAAUAUAUAUGAAAAAAAAAACAAAAACUGAAACAAAAACAAAAGCAAAAACAAAAUGUUAAUGUGAGACAAUAAAAUUCACUCAUUGAAAACUGAAAAUGUAAUAUUUAAAUUUACGGUAAUUAAUGUAUGUAUGAUACUUUAACUCUACACACAUACAUAGCUACCACAUAUUUACACACAUAUACAUGCAUAUAUACAAUAAAAACAAAAACAAACUUUUUCAAGCUGUGCGUGUCGGUUUCAAAAACCUGCAUUGCGCUACUUGAAAAUAAAUGUACGUAUUUUUAGGAAGAAAAAAAUGGAUCUACAUACAAACAUACAUGCACACAUACACACACAUAUUGUACUACUAGUAUUAAUAACCAACGCUAGUACCAAGCUGAAUUUUUUUACAUUACUUGUAUUGUAUAUUUAACUGAGGUGCAUAAAACGAAAAGGAAAAAUUAUUGUUGAACAUUUGAAAAUUCUACAAAUUUAAUAAGCAUAUUUUCUAUGUUAAGCCUUUAAAGAAAAACACUAGCUUACAAUGAUUGUGACCUGUGGCAUUCAACUAGAAACGAAACAAAAAAAAAAAAAAAGUAUUAAAAGAAAUUGCGCCUGAAUCCGUAUAUGCAGUCAGAUAAUGAAAAAUUAAAAAACAUUUCUUCGAGUUAUACAGUCUGUGUCAGAAAAUAGGAAGCGCGAUUAUUCAUGAAGUAUAAAAUACAUAUGUAUAUUUAAAUUUUAUUUUUUACAUGAAAGUAUGUACAAAAGUACGAGUCGCAAUUUCUCAAUAAGCCGUGUGGUCUCCAUCGUUGUCGAUUAUAGCCUUCAUGCUUUUCUGCAUAGCUCGUCGACAAAAAUGACUAGAUUUGCGAACUUGACCCACGAGUUGCUUUAAAUCAUGGACUGGCCUUCCGGCAAGAUGCGUUUUCAUAACUCCCCACACAUUUUCAAUGGGGUUGGUGUCUAGGGACUGGGAAGGGCAGUCCAAUACUGUGACACAUUUUCUUGUUUUGUGGUGUCUCAAUGUGUUUUUCUGAGAUGUCUCUCAGUGGUUUUGAUGAUGUGGGACGGUAGGAUAUGUUUGCCUAUUUCAGUCGACGUUCUAUGGUGUUGAUACUCACAUCUAUUCCCUGUUUAGCAGGAACUGAUUGUGCAUGGCUUAGUCAC